AUUAUUUUUGUUUGUCCCUCUGCCGGGCCAGAACUAGAACCUCUGCUAAGGGCUUGGAUGGAUCAGCACACCUCAAGAGUGGUAGGAGAAAGGGGUGUUGAGACGACAAACUAAAGCUUCAUAGAAAUAGUUAACCGCCGUGUAAGAUGAGGAAUGUCAGUUCCAGGACGCUGGUUCGAAAGGGUCGCCAUAGACUAGGUACGGUCUGAGGAUUUGGGGGAGAAAAACUUGCGGGAAAGGAGACACGGCCCUCCCGACUCCCGCAAGCCCCAAGUCCCCCUCACAUACGUUGUCAAAGUCCGAGGCGGAGAGAUGGCAGUGACAGUCCACUAACCCCAAACCCAUAGCUACUCCUGCAGGCUUCUCGACUGCAAGCCAGGCGGCGGAACUCUGGGGCCGCGGAACCCGAGGCGGAACCUUGCGGCGGCGGCGGAUCGGGUUUCCAGUCGGACGCGUGCAGGAGCGUUCCAGGGAGGGAAGCAUCCUUCCGGUCUCAGCGAUUCCCGCCUUAGUUUAAACCGGGAAGAUGGCGGCUGUCUCUGAAACAGUGCUCGUCUCCGCCCCGCAGGACCACGAUGCCCAGGCCGCCUCAGACCCUCAGGCCACGGCAGCAGACUCUCCCCUAGAGGACUUCCGAGUGCGCUGCACCUUGAAGAGGGCGGUGAUGGAAGUGAUGGAGAUGUGCGGUCGCUUCGUGCAGGAGCUCGGGGCCGUGCUGCCGGAGGACGUCCGCGAGCUCGCGCUGCGGGACGCACAGUGGGUACGGACCCCUCUUUCCCGGUCCUCACCCAGCGCAUCCUGGCUCUGGCUCGGGGCCCAUGUCAGGCCUUCGCAGAUGGAACGAUGCCCAAGACUGGCUUGGGAAAUGCCAGGGAAGGCAACUAGAUGCUAGUGCCGCCUGGGUGCUGCUUCCUGUCAGGAACAUACAGGGCGAACACACAUUUGAGUCGGCUGUGCAGGAGAACGUCAGCUUUAACGGACAGGCCUGGGAGGAAGCUAAAGAGCAUGGCUUAAUGGAUUCUGACAUCAAAGUGCUUGAAGAUGAAUUUGAUGAGCUCAUAGUAGAUGUGGCAACCAAACGGAGGCAGUAUCCCAGAAGGAUCCUUGAGAGUGUCAUCAAAACCUUGAAAGCACAGCACGCGAGUCUGAAGCAGUAUCACCCUGUUGUACAUCCUCUGGACCUGAAAUGUGACCCUGACCCAGCUUCUCGUGUAGAAGAUUUGAAAUGCCGCGGAGAAGCCAUAGCUAAGGAAAUGAGUGAGGCCAUGAAGGCUUUGCCUGUGCUAAUUGAACAAGGAGAAGGCUUUUCCCAGGUCUUAAAGAUGCGACCUGUCAUCCAGCUACAGAGGAUCAACCAGGAAGUCUUCUCCAGCCUCUACAGGAAAGCUGACUCCAAGCCUGACACACGUGUGACACACGUAGAAACCACACCAGCCGAGACUGGAGCCAGGAAGGCCUCCGACAUUGUGCUAAAGAGAAAGAAAGCCCCAGACUGUGCCCAGAGAAAGCGCUACCCGCUGCGGCUGCAGAGAAUUAAUCUCGAUAUGUGAGCUCUGUUUGUUGAGGAGCUGAAAGUCAGUGUUGUCAACAUUUGGGUCACAGUCUGAUGCCUGAGUGACUUCAUGAAAGUGAGUGGCUCUGUCCAGGCACUGUACAGGUGCAGUGCGCUGCUGUGAAUCCUGGAAUACGGCUGAGUGCCUAGCUUCUUCCCUUGAGUCCCUGUGCAGUAGGUGAAGACUUCCCAGUCCUGCACAGACCUGUCGGUAGCCUCCGAUGACACCAGCUCUUGGCUUUGGCUGCCUUGCAGCUUUGAGGCAUCCCAGGGAUGUGCUCUGAGGGGUUUUGUUUUUAGCACAGCUUUCUGUGAGGCUCUGAGGUGGUUCCCUGUGGCUGGAUAGCUGGCAUUGGCUCUGCGUGGCCGUGUGUGCAUUUCCAGGCAGGUUUUCAGAUGAAUGCACAGAAAAUGGGCCUGGCCUUAAGUUUGCUCCAUGGUCAUUCAUUUGAGGUUUUAGAGUUUUGUAAGAUAAAUGAGAAGGCUAUUAUUUGUGCAGGAAAUGUUCUUAAAAAGAAAAUCUGGGGCACGGAGCCUCUAUUUCUUGCCUACGUUUUUAUUUCCAUAAAUCUUUUUUUUUGUUUUUUGGUUUUUGGUUUUUUUGUUUUGUUUUUUUCGAGACAGGGUUUCUCUGUAUAGCCCUGGCUGUCCUGGAACUCACUUUGUAGACCAGGCUGGCCUCGAACUCAGAAAUCUGCCUGCCUCUGCCUCCCAAGUGCUGGGAUUAAAGGCAUGCACCACCACGCCUGGCUAAUUUCCAUAAAUCUUUGAACAUAAUUUGACUGGAAACUGAUGGCUUCUUUUAAAGUCCUUAUUUCCAAAUAGAUCCUUCUAGUUCAAAGUACAUAUUAGGAUUGAUGGACGUGUCAUUUACCACAGAUCUAAGCAGAGUAAGUGUCAGACUCAGGCCGUGUCAGCAAACCUACACUGAGAUUUCAACACAGCCUCUUGCAGUGUGCCUGUGUCUCUUACCUGGUGCGUCAUAGGCGGGGCCGCCGAACUUGCCAUCUAUUUCCCUUUUGGGUGCUCACCCUUGUGGCCAUUUUCAGGGGAGUUGACUGAUCAUGACUCGGGAAUCUGUGUUGCCUUUGCUCACUGUGUCCUGAUGAUCACAAGCAUCUUGGUUUCUCUGCUUUUCUCAGCUGGGAAGCUUCAUGGCCACGCUGCUUUGUGGAGCUCGGGUUCUGUUUUACUUAAGUUAAUGAUUGCAUGGGGGAGUGUUUGGGUCUUUAAAGUAAUGUAUAAAGACCAGAAUCUUGGCACUGUGCCUGUUCCACCUAACAAGGCAUUCUUGGUGCUGGCUUUCGUGGGAGAGCAGGGUGGCGCUCUGCAUUUCAGCGUGAGCUAGCUCUCACCCUGAAACCAAUGUGCGACUCCAGAAGGUGACUGCUCGCACUGUGCCUUUCCAGGCAUUAAAGCGCUGUGACUGAUUUUGCUUGGGAAGUGCCCAAAGAGGCAAGGCUAGAGAGCAGACUGGGAGGCAGCAUGGUGGGAUUCCACUGAAGCAAGAGCUGUGCAGCAGGAUGGGAGCGUGGGCUUGGGGCAUCCUCCAGGCGACUCUGGCUGGACCCAUAAAGUCAAAUUGUGAAAGGCCUCUUUCCACACAUGGGCUGUGACUUAAAGCACUCGCUUAGUAGUAAGCUCUGAGAGGUGUUCGUCCUCAGUGCAGAAGCUAGGUGAUCAGAGAACUGCAAGCAUCCUUGGGGCCGGCUCAAUUCAACAGGAGUUCUUCAUGGGGGUUCUCUUCCCAGCAGGCCUGUGGUAAUUGUGAAGAUGUUUUUUUCCUAUCAUAACUUAAGGUGUGUGUGGCGGGGGUUGAGGUAGCGGUGUGUCAUCAUCUAGUGAUAGAUGUCCCGAUGGCUGGCACAGCUAACCAUCUGCCCCAAGGCAGUGAUGCUGUGGUGGAGAAGCCGAGGGGAGAGCAGACCAGCAGCAUAAUGUGGUGUGGCCAUUACAGCUCUCCCAGCCUGUGUGGGAAAUGCUGUUUGUCUUGGUUGUAGUUACCACUUGUCCACAUACCCCACUGUCAGUCUUCAUAAGACAAACUGCAAUGUAUGAACUUAUUAUAUAAAACAAUCCACAAAUAAAAAGGAAAUGUUAAUUGUAA